UCUGAUACAACUUGCCCAUCUGCCCGACUCUACUCUCCCUCUCUAGAUUCUCCUUAGCUCGUCUGCUGCUUUGGCCCACUGGUCCGAUUCAAAAAAAAAGGUGUUAAACAGUCAUCAAAGCCAUGCAGGCGUGGGUGGACGCCACAUAAAGUGUCAGAGGAGAGAGCAGAGUGUGGAGGCUGGGAGAGAGGAUAAGGGGCAGGUUGGGUCGAGAUCAGCAAUCUGCUGAGUCAUCAUGACUGGUCUCAUGAUGAUCUCGCAGCAGCAGCAGCAACAAUAGCCUCUCUUUAUCUCAGGCACACACACCGAGGUCUGAGAGAUGAGAAGAGGCCAGCGCACACACAAAGCUUGUCAUUGAGAGCCUGUGGAGACGCUCUUCGCUGGAGCACUGAGCUCCAAGGUUUGCGCAGAAGAGCAGGGCUCUUGUGGCAUGACGACGACUAACAAAGGAAAUAAAGCCUUGAAGGUGAAGCGUGAGCCGGGCGAAAAUGGCACCAGCCUCACGGACGAGGAGCUGGUGACCAUGUCCGUGCGGGAGCUGAACCAGCACCUCCGGGGGCUCUCCAAGGAAGAGAUUCUGCAGCUAAAACAGAGGAGACGCACCCUGAAGAACCGAGGCUACGCCGCCAGCUGCCGGGUCAAGCGGGUCACCCAGAAGGAGGAGCUGGAGAAGCAGAAGGCGCAGCUGCAGCAGGAGGUGGACAAACUGGCCAAUGAGAACGCGUCCAUGCGCAUCGAGCUGGACGCCCUGAGGUCGAAGUACGAAGCCUUGCAGACCUUCGCCAGGACUGUGGCGCGGAGCCCCACCGUCGGGGUCGGGGUGAGGGCUGGGGGCGGUGGGGGCGGAGGGGUGCCAUCGUCGGUCAUCGGCCCGCUCAUACCGGGGAAGGUGGCGACGGCGACGAGUGUCAUCACGAUAGUCAAGUCAAAGACGGACGCGCGGUCUUGAGGGGAAGAAGGCUGGCGAAGGGUGUGACAGGAUGGAGCUUAGCCGCAUCAGAGUGAACCUCCCUCUCUAUUGCCCCCCUCUCCUCCACCUGCACCGACCCCCAGCAGCUGGGUGGCACCACCCGGACCACCCUGACGCGUUCCCAUCGUCCGUCUCAGAUCAGUGCAGAUGAAGGACAGGACGGAGGCAGAGGACGGCUUAUUGGCUCACAAAAAGCUUCCGGACAGAGUUUGAUCAUCCAGAACUGGAUGAACACACAGAGUCCCUUUGGCUAAAAUGUGGAUUACGAAUGUCAGAGAAUUUAUAGAACUUGAUCUAGAGUCACGUAUUUAAAUCUGAAAGUGAUCACUUUUUAAAAACACUAGAAAAACCUGGGCAAAUUGCGUUUGAAUCAUGUCAAGUCUCUAGUGUUGAUUUUAAAUAAAAAGGCUGAAAUCUGAAACAGAGAUGCACCUACCAGGCUUUUCCUGGCAAUAUGAUUUCUGGUUUUGAAAGAUUGUGAUUUUUCUUUCUUUUUUCUUUUUUUUUUUUUUGCUGCAGGUUCAUUGAUAGACUUUUUGGAUCCAGAUUAAAAUCAAAGUAUUAAAAAAAUGACCCCUAUUUAUGCAUCAGAGCAUAUGUUACUAGCCUCUAUCUGAUUAUUAAAACCCCCUGAAAGGCAGUCAAAUUUAUGCAACUAAUUGAAAAUAGUUGGAGUUGAUAGAUCUGAUGCAUUUAAAAAGUACAGACGAAAAUCUGUGUUUUUGGUAUUUAACCUGCAGAUUUCAAAACAGAGCCAAUCAAGUAAUAAACUGGCCAAUUCAGAUCUCUAACUGUGUUGGUUUGGUGCAUCUUUGAUUAAAAAUAAGGCACAUCAGUUGAAAACCCCAAGCUACACAUCAGCUAUGUCUAAGAAUAAUUAGAUAUAUAAAAAAGUGACGUGCUGGUUUUAGUGACUGCACCGAAGCCCAGUCUUGUUUCACCCAAGAACUUUUGCAGAAAAGUACUAAUGGAAAAAUCUAUAAUAUACGAUGGUGGUAACUGUAUUUCUACUGUUUUGUACCGUGUUGUCAUUCACAUGAGGUCCAAGGUGUAUUCUCUGUGUGUGAAAUGUUAUAUAUCAGGAAUUCCGUGAAAUUCUGUGGCGAGUGUUUGUUCUGGUAUCGCUAUGUUUAGUUAGCUGUGUUCUUUUCUAUGGUCUCUCACUCUUUCUCCCUCCUGUUUUCCUUUUUCAAGAGCAAGUGGCUUCCAGUGUUACAUAUUGUACUUCCAAGAUUUGUCCGUGGGACGAGGAUGCUGCAAAGCGACUCGUACUUAGCAAAAACAGAAAGAGACAAAUGCACAAUAUCCUGUUGAAGAAAAUGUGAAAAUAUCUUUGGUUUGUGAGAGUUUCUAGAAAAUAUGUUUAACGCAGAAAAAGAUUGGAAGGGCAAGUGCCUUGGUCUUAUAAUGAUGUGCACCAAGAAGAAAGUCAAGAGGAACUGAGGGAGUCGAUGCAGAUAUAAAGUCAUACCUAAAGGCAUAUACGCUGACCAAUCAGGAAUCAGGCAGUAUUUACAGGUCGGGACGCAUUUAUUGGCACUCCUGGUAAAAAUGUGUACAGAAAAUUUUUGUUGAAGUAGCAUAAUCUCAAACUUAUAAGAAUUAGUGAGAGGGGAUGAAACUCAACAAGAUGGCCCUGUCGCUUUAAUUUAUUUCCCUCUGUGUGUGGGGAAUUUUAACUUGAAAUUCAAAGAUUUCCGUUUUUUUGUGGGGUAUAAAUGAUCCAUUUCUAUUCGCCAUGUUAAAUGUUGCCACCACAUGCAAUAAGUCUUUCAAGUUUAAGGUUAACUCUUCAAGAAGUGCAUCAAAAGUGGCAUCAUUGGGUCACCAAGUACCCAUGGCAACUUUCUGCAUCGACAUAGUUUAUUGAACCCAACUGGGAGUUUAACUGGAACCACUGGAAAGAUUGAAGUGAGAUUCAUCUUUCCAGCAGUAAUUGUUUGAAGAGAAGAAAAUUUGUCCUAUUGGGAAAAGCCGGGCUGUACAACAGCAGGGUUGUCAAUAAUUGUGACCCAUUAGCUGUUCAAAAAAAUUAUUUAUUAACAGUUUUUUUGUUUUGUUUGUUAGUUUGUUUUUUCUGUACUGGAUGGACGCUCUGACAUUACAAGUAGGAUUAUUUUUUCCCAGUAAAAGAUUAAUCUGCCGCAAUAAAAGUUUAGCUUAUUUCAUUAAAGUGAAAUUUAUGGCUAAAUACAUCAAGUACUAAUUUCCAUCGAGUCACACUAAGUUGAUGUCGACACAUAAUAAUCUGCUGACGCAUCUUUACCAGGAACACCAAUCAUUGUGGCUGGCACUUUGGUUUGCUGUGCGCUGCUUGAGCUUUGUUGUCAUCAUCAGAAUCACAUAUUGAUGAGACUCAUUAAUGCGACUGUCAAAAAACAGGCUUACUCCUAUUUAGCUUUCAGCAGGAUGGUCAGAUCUGAGGAGGUCGGCUGGCUUGUUGAAUGAGCUUUUCAUGUUCUCUUCCAGUCAAACUAGCAGGUUGUUGUUUUUCUCCCGGGCGUUUACCACAAGCGUAGUCCUCCGUGGUGUUCUGUACUCAAAGAGUCUAUGUAUAGUGGAGUCUGUAAUUUUAUAAAGACAAUUAUCUUUGCAUUGUUUGUAACGACUUGUACAAAAAAAAAAAAAGAAGAAAAAAAAUGGUAUCACAAAAAUCCGUUUGAUAUACAGUAAUCUCUCUAUUUUGCAAUUGUACCAAAAGUGGCUUAACUACUGAAUAGCUUUGUUUAUUUUUCCUCUAGUGAUUAGGCACGUGUGUGUAACGGUGGACUAGCGUGUGGCGUGCUGUGUAGGUAUGUAACGAGGUGACUACUAGCUGUUUCAUUGGUUAUGAUUUUGACCUGUUUUAGAUUUCAGCCCAAACGUGGACGAUGACGUCGUGUGUAUCUGCACUCUUUCUCUGACCGUGUACCCUUUGCCCCCGCGGUCGUUCGGCUCCCACAGCGCAGACCUGCCAGGUCGUUUGUCGAACUGCACUGACAACGAGUGAAUCUGAACAAGUUGGCUUGUUUAGCAGAUUUCUGAGCGGGCAGUUGUGGCCGUUUCUGUUUUUGGCCAGUUGCUAUGUUCAGGUCCUGUUGCUUUUGGGAUGAAAAUACACAAGAGGCUUUAAUAAUAUUGUCUCUUCAAGUUAAGCUUGUGGAAAAGUGAAACUUGGUGAUAGGGGCUCUCUGGCUGCAUCACUCACUCCUUCAGUAAGUUAUUUUUGUACUGUGUGAAUAGGGCACUCUGUUUUUCUCUGUAUAUUUUAUGUAUAUUUAAUGUCGUUCUUGUGUUAGCUUUUGAAGAUCUUCUGGAAGUGUCAGGGAAGUUAAAAUGAUAUUUGUAAGUGUAUAUGGUGUUUUAUAAAGUAAAGGAAAAAAAACUAUAUUCUGCUAUUUAAUGGUUUGUCUAUCAGGGUGAGGUUGACCUUUUUAACCUGGUUUUAAAGAUUUCUUUCAAUGUAAUGCAAACAACUUACUGAGUUUUAAACCAUCAGGCUUCAGUGGCCAAAUCCAAUUUCCAAUAUUUUUGUGUUCCUACGUGCGAAUUGUUGCUGUCAUUUUGUUUUGAUUUGUUUUGUCAGGACUGCACAGCAUAAAGACUCAACUGGGUUUAUAGGGAAAAAAAGGAAAUUUAAGGGAUUUAUAGAUUAUUGUGAUUCAUUAUUCAAAUCAUUUGUCCCUAACCUUUCUCUGAUGAUUGCUAAAACCAAAAAGUGCAUCAAGUGUCUCAACCAAUUCCACCCUGAUGUUACAAUGAAAUCAAAACAACUUGAAGAUUAUAACUGGUUCUAAAUAUUAGAGAUGCACUGAUCAGGUUUUAGUUUCAAAUUUUUGUUGAAAAAUUUGAGGAGAUUUUUGUGUGUGUUUUGUUUUUGCUGAUUUGGAGGGAUUUUUUGAACUGUAAGAUAACAUAACAUGAACUGUAACAUUGACUUCACAGAAAACAAAAGGGUCAGCAUAUAUGUCCCCAACUCUUGUCAAAACUUGAUCAGAAAACCUGUUUGGUCUUAAUACGGUUACGGUCCUCCGAAAAGGUGGGGAUUUUAAGUGUUGAUGGAUUCAACAAACAGGAAAAACUAUUUUCUCCCAUUUUUUUAACAACCAAAUGAACGAGUGAAGGAGAAACCGACUGAUUGGUGCGUUUCUAUCGAUGAUGCGUCCUCUUAUCUGAACUGCUACGACUCCCUGCAGAAAGGUUAGCGAGCGUGGCACCGCCUCUCAAUUUAAUUGUAAAUUUAAUUUAAACGGUGAGCAAAAACUUAGCAGUUUCUACAGAAUUUUCAUAGUUUUUUUUUUAACAAUUUACUCUUUGCUGAAAUGGCUCCAAAUUUUAUUGAAUUGAACCCUAACCUAUUCAGAGGAGUCGAGCUACAUCCAGAUUUCAACAUCAUUCUUGAAUUUUCAUUGAAAAAAAAAAAUCAAUAGAUUAUAUCAGCUCAAUGAGUGACAACCUGUUUUCUGUCUGUUGUAUUCUGUUGUUUUUCUGUUAAACUGUGAGAUUCCUGUUUUCCACUGGAGAGUUUACUGCUGUCUGUGCCUCUGUCAGCCUGCGUUUCAUCCCACUCUGUCGUCAGCUUGUGAAGGAUCCGGUCUGUACAAGCAUGAAUGUGUUAAACCGAAACUUAUUAUGCAAAUGGUGUAGGGUAAAAUUAAAACUCCUGCCUCAGAGGAGGAGUGACGCGAUCAUGCCUGUGUUUUUUUUUUUUUUUUGUCUAGUUGUUUGUUUUAUAAUUGCAGGUGCAAUGUGAUGUGACGAGGUUAAAAAGCAUUUUGUAAGCGAUAAUGAAAACCGAUGUGGGUUUGUCCUUGUUUAAUCGACGUCUUCUCAGUUUUACCUAAAUGUUAACUGUGAAAUUUGGGAUGAUAAAAUCUCUUUAAUUUCUUUCCAAAUGAGACGAUGGCAUAAAAUAAGCUUUGACACGUGGCUCCCUUCACAUCUAUUGGCACAACUGGUAAAAAUAUGUGAAAGGAAAAACAACAGUAAUCUAAUCUCAUUUGUCAAAAUGAGAUUAGGUCAUUUGAUCUGAGUACCUUAACUAAAGUAAUCUCCGCUGGGAAUCACUGCCUUCCUGUUACCUUGGGUUAUAAACUUGAUGUGAUUCUUCUUAUCCGUGCUUCAAAAUGGGAAAGACAAGAAAACAUGGCACUUAAAAAGGGAAAACAUGUCUAUAAAUCAGAAAAUGUUUAAUAGAAAAGGGCCACCCGUCCAAGUCUACAGUCAGACAAUAAAUUUUCUGUGAAAAAGUAUUUGCACCCAAUUUAAUUAGCCACAGUCAGGGCCGAUUACUGUCGGACUUGUAAAAGCAGAAAAGUACUUAAAUAAACCAAUCUCUAGAUCUCAAAAAGAAGCAUAUCUUGCCCCGAAAUAAGACAGAAAACUUAACGACCAGAUAUGAAACAGUCUUUGACAUCUCUCUGUCUGGAAAGCUUUCUAAAACCCAAAACCAAAGCACACCAGCAAGUCCCCCUCUGAACAGUUCAAAACCAACAAAGUGAAUGUUUUGAAGUGGCCUAGUCAAAGUCCAGUCUUGAGUCACUGAGUCGCUGUUGGUCGUCCGAGACCGUAGACAGAUACACCACGCAUGACACAACCUCUUGUCAGCUUGAGAGUGUAAUUUUUUACAAACUUGUUUACGUUUAUUUAAUGAUCUGAAACAUUUGAUCCAAACCCAAGUGUUAGAGCCAUAAAUAGGAUAUAUUUAAGUUAUUUGUGUAUUGGUUUGUUUUUUUAUUUCAUCAUCUUUAGUUAAGAAGAUUGAUAUUUGUUCAGGCCAUUUUUAUUGUGAAAUUUAGUUUUAUUUUGAAAGACAUACUUCCUGUCGAGCCGUAUAUUGUAUUAAAAAAAACAUUGACGGCAUAGACAAGGACGGAAUACCAAGACACGGCAAUACAGUUUUUGACCGUGUAGGCUGUGUAUUUAUUUUUUAUUUUUUGUAAAGAAAAAAAAAGGAAUUGUAAAACUGAUUUAUCGUCAUUUUUGUAUUUGCAUUUUUUUUUUACCGAUAAAGAAUUUUUUGUUAAAUUCACGGUUUGCACGCGUCCUUUACUUCCAGUGUCUAAGAAAUGACGCAGAUAUUGGAUCUGUCGCCAUAACCAGAUAAAUCAAUCGGAGAGUAACUGAAACUGUGGCAAACCAGGCUAGACAAGGAAGCAAGAGGGAACGGUGAAGGAGGUGGAAAAAAAACAAAAACAAAACAUGAAUGAUCCCCAAAAAUCAUUAACAGUACUUCUUAAAAUAUGUCUUUUUACACACAUUUACCAUGGGUGCCAAUAAUUGUACUGGAGCUUCCAGAUGUGGAUUUCUUGUGUGGCCUCUUUGACCAACGCUGUCAAACGUUACAGAGGUUUUAAUCCUGAUUUCUCCUCGACAGACGCGGUCAGCUGACAGCGGCGACCUUCAGCCGUACGAGCCGAGCAGGCGGCGUGGUUUUCUUUUCGUAACGGAGUUUACGAGCCGUGAGACACGCCAGCCUUGUUUUCCGCUGCCUGUACAGAGGUCACGACCUUCUUACGAUAAGGCAUUUCAUCACUAACCAGACAAACCGCUCAUACUUGAACCCAUAAAUAAUUUACAGAGGCUGAAAAGAGGCGGUGGAGACGCAUCUGAUAACGCUCCGAAACCGCCUCACUCGCUCCGUCCUCCCCUCAAAGAAGGCAGCGCGAGUCAAAUCGGCGGCCCACCGAGCCCUUCCUCAAAGCAUCCAUUCCUUCUGGAAUCAUUAACUCCUUAUCUCGCUGCUCGGCCAAUCAGAGAGCGCUCGUUCAGAUGUUUUUCCUGCCCACUGAGUCACGCCACUGGACUCUAAAAGCCCUUUCACCCACCGCAAAAUCCAGAUCGAUGAAAGUAAAUGAACCGAGGAUUCCUUUGAUCGCUUGUUUGGCUUUUUCAUCAAUAACGAUGUUUGUUUAGCCUCCUGACUUACCUCAUCUGCUGCUGCGUCUCCCUCCCCGCUGCCCCACAUCAUCGCUUGUACAAUGUCCAACCAAAACUACUUCCUCUUCUUUCUUUUUUUUUAACACAUUCACUUAUUUGAGCCUUGACGUCAGCUUCUUUUCUUAUUCAUCACCCCCUCUGUGGUUAAGCGAGGUUGCUCAUUGGAGCCAGGAUGUUUCAAUGUCUCCAAAAAGUAUACGGUGGUCUGUUUAAAGCUAUACAGAAGUAGUGAGUUUGUGUGAAUAUGGCGUAAUGUAUUCAGAAAAGCCCUUGUGACGAGAAGCUCUGUGUUUUGUAACAUUUCUGUAUGGGGUGUAAUGAAUUAUUCUGCGGUACAACGGUACUUUCUAUGGGAAAAAAACCUUCAAAUGUGACGGUCUUUGUAAGUAUUUAUCUCCAACUAAAUUAUUGUACUUUUCUGUUUCUUUGCGAUUUGUAGAUAGAUAUGAUGACAAGGUAUUGGUAAUAAUGGAAGUGAACUGUUUCAUCAUCGGUCCGACGCGUCUUAUUGAUGUAUAUACUGUACGUUUGUUGAUAAACAGCUUACUUUAUUUUGUAUAUGACCAAUAAACAUGUUUUAAAACGCA